AAACUAUCUCGCUUCUAAAUUGAACGCAGCAUUUCAGAGGCUGGAUGAAGAACUUAAGUGUUUUUACAGAAUCAUCAGUAUCCUGGAAGAAAAAGAUGUUAAAAAAUAACAAAACAAUAAUUAUUAAGUACUUUCUUAAUCUCAUUAAUGGAGUUUUCUUGGUUCUUGGACUUUUAUUCAUGGGAUUUGGUGCAUGGCUUUUAUUAGACAGAAAUAAUUUUUUAACAGCUUUUGAUGAAAAUAAUCACCUUAUAGUAUCUAUUUCUCAAAUUUUGAUUGGAAUGGGAUCUUCUACUGUUCUUUUUUGUCUUUUGGGUUACGUAGGAAUUCACAACAAAAUCAGAUGGCUCCUAAUUAUGUAUGCAGUAUUGAUAACGUGGGCUUUUGGUGUUCAGAUUGUACUUUCAGCAUUCAUCUUCACAAAGAAAGAGGAGGUUUGGCAACUAUGGCAUGAUAAAAUUGAUUGUGUCAUUUCUGACUAUGGAUCUAAAGAUAAGCCUGAAGAUAUAACCAAGUGGACUAUUCUGAAUGCUUUACAGAAAACAUUACAGUGUUGUGGCCAACAUAAUUACACAGACUGGAUAAAGAAUAAGAAUAAAGAAAAUCCAGGACAGGUGCCAUGUUCUUGCACAAAGUCUACUCUAAGAAAAUGGUUUUGUGAUGAGCCACUGAAUGCAACAUAUCUUGAGGGUUGUGAAAAUAAAAUCAGUACAUGGUAUAAUGUCAAUGUGUUAACUUUAAUUGGAAUUAACUUUGGACUUUUAACUUCAGAGGUUUUACAGGUCUUAUUAACAGUUUGUUUCUUCAAACACAUCAAGAAUAUAAUUCAUGCAGAAAUGUGACCUUUGGAUUUCAAUUUGUUCAGAAGAAACUAGUUAAUUCUUAAAAUAAUCACACUAUAUUAUUUUAUUCCAAAAGUUUUGAAUUGCAUUAAAUAAGAGAUCUAUUCAAAUUAUUAAUUAUAUGCUAUAUUGAAUUACAGAAUAUUAUAAUUAAACAUUCAUGAAAUUA